CGGCCGUGAGUGUGCGCUUUUGAGGCGCGGCGGCAGCGAGGGCUCCCGUGGUCUGGCUGCGCCGCCCCCGCCGGCAUGAGCUACGACCGCGCCAUCACCGUCUUCUCGCCCGACGGCCACCUCUUCCAAGUGGAGUACGCGCAGGAGGCCGUCAAGAAGGGCUCGACCGCGGUUGGUGUUCGAGGAAGAGACAUUGUUGUUCUUGGUGUGGAAAAGAAGUCAGUGGCCAAACUGCAGGAUGAAAGAACAGUGCGCAAGAUCUGUGCCCUGGAUGACAAUGUCUGCAUGGCCUUUGCAGGCCUCACUGCUGAUGCAAGGAUAGUCAUCAACAGGGCCCGGGUGGAGUGCCAGAGCCACCGGCUCACUGUGGAGGACCCGGUCACCGUGGAGUACAUCACUCGCUACAUCGCCAGUCUGAAGCAGCGUUACACGCAGAGCAAUGGGCGCAGGCCGUUUGGCAUCUCAGCCCUCAUUGUGGGUUUCGACUUUGAUGGCACCCCCAGACUCUAUCAGACUGAUCCAUCGGGCACAUACCAUGCCUGGAAGGCCAAUGCCAUCGGCCGGGGUGCCAAGUCUGUGCGUGAGUUUCUAGAAAAGCACUACACCGAUGACGCCAUCGAAACAGACGACCUGACCAUCAAGCUGGUGAUCAAAGCCCUCCUGGAGGUGGUUCAGUCAGGUGGCAAAAACAUAGAACUUGCUGUCAUGAGGAGAGAUCAGCCUCUCAAGAUUUUAAAUCCUGAAGAAAUUGAGAAAUACGUUGCUGAAAUUGAAAAAGAGAAAGAAGAAAACGAAAAGAAGAAACAAAAGAAAGCAUCAUGAUGAUGAAUCAUUUUCCUUGCCUGUAAUAAUUUUUAAAUUCAAAUCAUGGUUGAGUCUCAAUUGUGUAGGCAUUUCCAUUCCAUUCAUCAUUUAUUCAUGUCUGAGUGUCCUACAAUAAACUUGCAUAUUUUUUAACCUU